GGCAUAUCAAGAACAAAGACAUUAAUAUACCUACAUAUAAAUUGAACAAAUUUAACAAAGUUGGAUGCAAUAAUCUGUGACAGUAAGAAUUGAAAUUACUUGUGCCCUGGUUGAGAAAAAUAAUAAUGUCCGAUGGUAAGCAACAUUUCAAAGUUUGCUUCUGCUGGUCGAGAGUAUUCAAAGUGAGAGGAGCUGAAAAACCAGAAGAUAUUGAAAAAGUAUUUGAAUCAUACUCAGUAAAUGGAAUUAUGAGUAUAGAUAAUCUAAUUAGUUUUCUGGAGAAAGAACAGCAGGAAGUGAAUGUUACAAAAGAGGCCCAAAAUAUAUUCAAUAGCCUCAAGCAUCUCAAUGUCGUUCAUAGAAGGGGAUUGACUCUUGAAGCUUUUUUCAGAUAUCUUAUUGGUGAGAAUAACUUUGCCCAUCAGUCUAAGGUCCACCAAAAUAUGGAUGCUCCUUUGGCCCAUUAUUAUAUACACACAGGCCAUAAUUCGUACUUAACUGGAAACCAGCUCAGUAGUGAUUGCAGUACUGAACCAAUUAAGAAGGCCCUAAAGAAGGGAGUUAGAGUGAUUGAAUUGGACCUUUGGCCUAAUACCACCAAAAAGGAUAUCGAUGUUUGUCACGGAGGGACACUGACAACACCUGUUAAGCUAAGCAAAUGUCUGAGAGCCAUCAAGGAAGUUGCCUUCUCAGUUUCUGAGUAUCCCGUUAUUCUUACUUUUGAAGACCACCUUCAUCCUUACCCAGACCUUCAAGAAAAAGUUGCCGAGAUGGUCAAAAGGACAUUUGGUUCCAUGCUGUUCAUCCCAAAAUCAGAGAUGGACGAGUUCCCUUCACCAAACAAGUUAAAGAACAAAAUCUUAAUUUCGACGAAACAACCACCAAAUGAUGGCCCUGAAUCAGACAAUAAAGUUCCACCACAGAGAGGACAUUCAAAAAAUGAACUUGAUACUCAGCAGGAAAUACAAAUAGAGGAGGGGCACGAAGAUGAAGACGAAGACGAAGUUCCCAAAUAUAGAGAUUUAAUUGCAAUCCAUGCCGCGAAGCACAAAAGGGGUAUGGAAAAUUUUGGGAACCAUGGAAGUUCUAAUAAAGUUGGACGUCUUAGCAUGAAUGAACAAGCCCUUGAAGAUACCGUAGCUGUUAUUGAACAUGGCCAUCAACUUAUCCGAUUUACACAACGAAAUAUACUAAGGGUGUACCCAAAGGGUACACGCAUUGAUUCAUCAAACUAUGAUCCUCUAAUUGCUUGGAUGCGUGGAGCGCAGAUGGUUGCAUUUAACAUGCAGGGAUACGGCAGGUACCUAUGGAUGAUGCAAGGAUUUUUCCGAGCCAACGGGGGCUGUGGCUAUGUGAAAAAACCAGAUUUCUUACUAAGUCCUGAUGGAGCAUGUGACGAAGUUUUCAAUUCCAUGUCCUUGCCUGUGAAGAAAAUUCUCAAGGUAAAGAUAUAUAUGGGAGAAGGUUGGCGUGCAGACUUCCACUUUAGACACUUUGAUUAUUUUUCCCCUCCAGACUUCUAUGUCAGGGUUGGAAUAGCAGGAAUACCUGCGGAUACAUGUGAGAUGCGCAAAACUGAGAUUAUUAACGAUCAAUGGAUACCAAUAUGGAAUCAUGACGAGCAAUUCGAAUUCCCACUUCGUGUUCCAGAACUAGCUUUGCUUCGGAUUGAUGUUAAAGAUCAUGAUCCAUCUGGUGGAGAUGAAUUCGCAGGACAAACAUGUUUGCCUGUUUCUGAGUUGAGGACUGGGAUUCGAUGUGUUCCGUUGUAUAAUCACAGAGGAGAUGUUUACAAAUCCGUAAAGCUUCUCAUGCGUUUCGACUUCACUCUUUGAUUUUAAUUGCAAAUAUAUAGGUAAAGUUGUUAGCUCUGCAUAGUUACAUUGUCAUAGGGACAUCAUGUGUAAUUGUGUAUACCAUAUUAAAGUAAGUCGAAAGUGAAAACAUCAUGCUAGGAGAGCACCAGUGAUUUGAAAUGAAAAGAUAAUGUAUCGAUGAAAAGCAAA